AUGGUUGAUUCUGUUAAGGAGCCUGUUCUUAUGAACACACCCCCACCAUACUUGCGUCUUGCCAAUGACAAGCAAUUGCCAGUGGUCAUGACCAUAGCGGGUUCAGACUCAAGUGGUGGUGCAGGUAUCGAAGCUGAUAUCAAGACAAUUACGGCACACAAGUGCUAUGCAAUGACAUGUAUCAAUGCCUUAACUGUUCAAACACCACAAAAGGUGUAUGAUGUCUUUCCAACACCACAAGAGGUGGUUAAACAGAUCUUAGAUGCUAAUUUGGCAGAUAUGAGAUGCGAUGUAAUCAAGACUGGUAUGUUGACUGUCGAGACAGCUCAGAUGCUGAGUGCCAAACUUAAAGAACUGGGUAGUGCAAGGCCAAAACUCGUUGUCGAUCCUGUUCUAGUGGCUACAUCAGGUUCUUCCCUAGCAUCACUAGGUAUUGUAGAUGUAAUUAAGAAGGAAUUGGCACCAUUAGCGGAUCUGAUUACUCCAAAUAUCCAAGAGGCAUUUGAGUUACUAGGUAAAGAAUUGCCCGUGAAAUCACACCAGGACAUGCUUCAAAUUGCCAUGGAGAUCAGUCAGGCUACUGGUUGUAAGAAUGUCUUAGUUAAAGGUGGACAUACUCCAUGGGAUGAUGAAACUAAGAAGUACAUUACUGAUGUCUUGUAUAUGCAGAAUGACUCGCAAUAUUUCGUCUACAAAGGUAACUGUGUCUCCACUUCUAACACACACGGAACAGGAUGUACAUUAGCUUCUUCAAUCGCUUCUAACUUGGCUCAUGGCUAUUCUUUGAAGCAAGCUAUUUAUGGUGGUAUCGAAUAUGUUCAGAAUGCUGUUGGCAUUGGUUGCUCAGUAGCUCAAAAGCAUGUUAAACAGAAUGGUCCAAUCAACCACGUUUAUGCUAUCGAAGUUCCUUUGGACAGAAUGAUAUCCGAUGAUUGUUUUACCGCUUAUUCAGUAUUGGAUAACAUCAAGAAGCCAGCAGUCGAUAAUCCAAUUGGUGAAGAUUUUUUUUCAUACUUAAUUAACCACCCAACUGUGAAACCUCAUUGGGAAUCCUAUACCAAACAUAAGUUUGUUGAGGAAGUGGCCAAGGGCACCAUCGAUUUGAAGAAAAUGCAAUUUUUCCUGGAACAAGACUAUUCUUACUUGAUUGACUAUGCAAGAAUCCAAUGUAUUGGUGCAAGCAAAGCUCCAUCUAUGGAAGAUAUUGAAAGUGCUUUGGUGAUUGUUGGUUCAGUUCGUCAUGAAAUGUCAGAGCACGAGACUCGUUUGAGGGAGGUAUUUGGAGUCACUUCUGAUGAACAUUUCCAUAACAUUAAGAGAGGACCAGCUUUAAGGGCGUAUUCCAGAUACUUCAAUGAUGUUGCUAAGCAUGGUAACUGGGAAGAACUUAUAUUAGCUAUCUCUCCAUGUUUAAUGGGUUAUGGUUGGGCACUAAAGAAUGUUCAAGACAAGAUAACAUGCAAAGAAGGAACAGUAUGUAGAAAUUGGUGUGAUACAUAUCUAUCUGAUAAAUACAAGGGCGCCAUGGAUCAAGGUGUUAUCUUGUUGAACAACAUUGGUAGAUCGUAUCCACCAGACCAAAUUGAUACUUUGGUGAAAAUCUACGCUGACGUUUGUAAAUUGGAAACUGAUUUCUGGACUGCUGCAUUGGAGUAUUCAGAAUGA